CUGGCCGAAACCAUAGAAACGAAAAGGAAGUUUACUGCCACGGUAUCCCAGACAGACCAUCCUCAUCGAAUUACGAAGAUUGUUGACAGUUUGUACAUUGUUAUUGCGUGAAACCACAAACCCCAGAAUAACAUUUUAAGACAUAUACUCAGCUAAAAGUGACAGAGUGCCCAGUAUUUGACUGGUGUGUGUAGCUUCGCAGCUCAAAGGCUUCUUUAGUCAAACUUAGCUGAACAGCUAAUGCUCGGCUUCUGUUGAGUGGAAAUGUUCAAAGCAAAAAUACUCUUUAUCGGUCCCAAUGAGAGUGGAAAAACAGUUCUUGCAAAUUUUCUCUCUGACACAACAGAAAAUGUGGGAGGUGAAUACAGACCUACUCAAGGAGUCAGGAUACUGGAAUUUGAAUCACAACCUGAAGGCAGUGGGGACAACAAGACAUGUGAGGUCGAACUUUGGGACUGUUCAGGAGAUUUCAAAUUCGAAUCAUGCUGGCCCGCACUCAUGAAGGACUCCAGCGGCGUGGUGAUCGUUUUUAAUCCAGAUGUUCCGAGUCAUCUCAAAGAGAUAGAGACGUGGUAUUCGAUGUUCAUCUCCUCUCAGGGUCUGCAGGACAACCAGUGCUUACUCAUGGCUCACCACAAGCCCGGCAGCGAGGUGGAAGACGGACGCCUGCCUUUAGCCUCACACUUGAGCAGACUGCCACUUAUUCACUCCAACCUGGAGGAGGAACCAGAGGAUGUGAGGCAAGCUUUCUGCAGAUACUUGGGAAAUGUUGUAAAUGCAAUGUCAGAGAGUCGGGAACGAGAGGAGAUGUCAAUCAUUACAUAGCAGCAAAUAGUUGGCAAUCUCUGUUUAAGUAACAUUCACAAAUGCAGCUCAUUUUUAAGUUAUUACUUAUACAUCUUCACUGUCAUUCAGCUGUGUAUAUGUCUCUCAAAUCCUCCUUAAAACUUUUAUAUUUCCCCCGGCAGUAAAAUAUUCUUGUCCAUUUUUGGUUUCUUACAUUUUUUAUGUGCGUCUUUUGUGAAUGAAAUAUAAGCUUACGCACUCUGGAAAUGAAGACUCAAGAGAUACAAAAUAUAUUUCUGAAUAUAAACAUCUGUUUAUUUGAAAAUUUGGUGCAGGUUGUUGAGAAUGUGAUGAAUAAGUGCAGAGGGAGAAAGAACUGUCCAACAUUUAGACGUCAUAUCCAAUAAUGCCUCCUUUGCCAAUGCACUCUCCAAUGUAGAACCACAUCA